AUGAAGACUCAGGCGCAACCUGCAACAGUCCAAGAUUUGGACCAGAACGAUAACCUUGUCCUUCACGGCAUAAAAUCAGCAAGCCGUAUCGCAAAGUCAAGAUCCUCAUCUUCCCCUCCACAGAAAAUCAACUUGUCGUAUGUUCAUAAACAGAUACCAAUGGAUAAGGUCAUAUACGGCAAAUCCAUCAGCCGGCCAAUCGAGCAGAUGGCGAGGAUCUUCCAGAGCUAUAACCGUGGUGUCCCUUUGACGAUAUUCAGUCGCAGUCGAGAUCGGAGCCGUGAGAGGAAUGAGGUUCCAGGAUGUAAAUUUCGGAAGGUAUUUGUCUCAGAUGACACUGAAGUCCUAGAGUCCAACCCGGCUUUUCGGAGUAAAUACGUAGGAUUAACAGCUUUUAUCUCGGAAAAGGAUAAGAAUCACAUCGACCCCAGGAUCUACGUGGAGCAAUCAUUCAUUGAUCCAGGCACCGGAAAGGAAAAUCUUAUAGUUCACGAGCUCGCACUUGGCUCCAACGUCGAUACAGAUUAUGACUACGUAUUCAAGGAUUGUGUGGAUGAGCAUCCUGUAUUCGGGAAGAGAUCUUUGAGGGUUCGGAUCAAAGCUCUGAAUGAGAUGACUUUCGAAAGUUACAUGAAAGCCGCUGGAUACUACGGCUACGACCGCACGGAAUAUGCUGUGGUUAACAAGUAUAUACUCGACAAUGGCCUGCCAUUGUCAAUAAACAUCCCUAACUGCAUGAAUCAGCAAUUUCAGACUGUCUCCUUUGAUGCUGCCGAUCUUCGAUUGUUGCUGGAGGCAAAAGAGAAGAUCAAGGAUAAGAAGCAGGUAUCUUCUAUUGACGGUGGACUGGAGUUGCUUACAUUGCGUGUUCAUGGUCUUGGAGAGAUUUCUGAAUGUCAGCAAUAUCUGGGUGCUUUGGACAUUCGAGUUGUCUAUACACCUUUGUGA